AUGAAUGCAAAUCUUCAGGUCAAGUGCUUGUCACCAGGAAGAGGUGUUUUACAUUUGGCCCGUGAUGGUAGAAGCGAUCUCGAAGCUGAAGAACAUGCGAGCGGCCAGGGUGAAGAGAAGAACCAUUGGCACGCAUUCGUUGGAGGUAAUCGAGUUCACGAAGUUGUUCGGCACCCGUCGCAGAUCCUACGCGGUCUGGCUUUUGAGAUGUCGACAGCUCAUUUCCAAAGCGCUGUCGACCUUUCAGACGAUAUCUCCGUUGUCGACAACGACAUUCUGUUUCCUCGGACCCCCUUCAGACAUACCCUGGAAUCCCUUUCUUCAAUAUUUACUGACGUCGAUCCUGCUUAUCUUGCUACCAUCAUAAGCCAUCAAUUUUUUGCUGAAGAUCUCCAUCGGUUGGAUGGAAGCUCGAAUUGUCUCGAUAUUACGGAUACGAACGAUUGCGACUUCGACGACCACGCACGCCAUUUGCUCAACUCCGUGAUCUCGCCUCUUUGCGUAUACUUCACAAUUCUUUCGACCUUCUACAAUGAAGAACCGUCAAUCCCCCAGGUAUUUUUCCAAUACCUAAAAGAACUUCAACACAUCGCUGCGGAAUUCGAAUGGGAAGCGGUUUUUGAAUACCACACGAUCUUUUUCAAUCGCUGCGUUGAUGCGAUGAGGGAAUACCAUGAUUUCUCCGCAUGGGGAGUUCCUGAUAUUCCACUGAUGAGUUUCUACAUACGAGACAAGGCCCCUCGAACCGACGUCUUUGGAUCUGACGACAACCAAACUUUGUUUCCGAUCCGAGAGGAGGCUGAGGAAGAGUAUGGAUCGCCUCCUAGGUCGAGUAGGUCGUCGCCGCAGAGGGCGUUGACCAUCAUUCUGCGGCGAACUUUGGACACUUGUCUUGAUGACUGGAAUGACCUUCAAUUUGUCUCGUACACGAAGUACACUAUAGAUGAUCGCCUCGAUUUGUGCAAUCUUCCUGUAGGAAACCCCGGAGAACCAUUCGGCGCACUGGAGACCGUCUGUCUCGAAUACUCCGUCAACGCGGGAGAUUCCAAUCAAACGAUAUCGGUGUCUGACAUCGCCGAACGAUUUCUAUCAUACGAGGGUGACGAUUACCCGUACCUAACUGUCAUCAGAUUCAAAGAUCAUUGUGAGGCGAUGGACAGGGCAUGGAACAGAGGCAUGGCAGCCCGCCCUAUCGAGGCGCACUGCACUCCGAAGGAAAUUCCACCCCAGGUUCACUUUCCGGAGAAGCGCUGGACGCGUCGUACGCAGGAUGACCCGCCCCAUAUCAAGCGCUGGACAAUUUCCGUUCGAUCCUGGCUUAAACGCCAAGUGAAAAAUCUUCGGCCCCCAACGAAGCGUGCUAGACAUGUCCUUGCCUCGCUCGUACGGCGGAAUUUAUAUAAUAGGAGCAUGGACUCCCUCGGUUCCUUCCGCUCUCUGGAUUCCGACGUGACGAUCAAAGUUACCCCGAACAUUUUGCGUCGAAAGUCUAGUAUCCUGAGCUUCAAAACUCUAAUAUAGGUGGACAAUCUUACGAAUAGUCUGGACGGAAAUAUGGACUCGUGAUUUCUGUGUGGUAGGAUUUUUACCGUUGCUUUCGAACCAUUUCGUUCCUCCAAUUUAUUUCGGACUAGUAUUGUUAGACUUUUGUCGGUAGAUUCUUUAAUAUUUCGUAGUCGUAAAGACUUUUUUCUUUCCGUCAAUACUAUAGACACUUACCUAUGUAGAUAAUACCAUCUUCCAAAG